CUUGUAUACUCUCUUCUUUAUUUGAUUCAUAUCCAUACAUAUUUUUUAUUUGCAGUGUAGUUCAGUGCAGCGACUAUUAUUAUAAAAUCUAUUUUUCAGCUCUUAUUUGUCCAACUCGGCUCGCCAUCACCACCUACACACAACCAGUGUUUCCUUUUUAUUUAUUGGCUCGCUCAGUGGUCCACACAGCCCACAUCCCAAACAAUUAUUUAAUUGCCCUAUUUAUUCAUUUAUUUUUUGCACACAGCCACAUACCUUUAAAUUCAUAGACCGAGCGCCCAAAGUUGUUCCUACAUAUACUUUAUUUUUAAUAUCGAUGGAGAACGGCACACCAGAAGCAACAGGCACAGGCAGUGCUCACACGCAGCCUGUGAGACUAAUGCUCUCCUGUGACAAUUGCCGCAAAAAGAAGAUUCGGUGCAAUGGUGGGAAACCCAACUGCGCUAGCUGCAAUAGAACCAGCACCCCCUGUCAUUACUCGCCCGUGGGCCCGCGCAGGAAACCACGAAAAUCGUCGCCGCCGCCGGCGCUUCUCAUGGACUUGGCCAACAAAUCGGUGCGACACAGGAACAAGCGGCGGGCGUCCUCGCUGCAAUUGUCUGACGGCGAAAGUAGGUUUAGAAUGGAUUCGCAGGGAUUGGGGAGCGUGAGUCACAUUAUGCUUGAGCGGCUGAAGGAGACUGAGACCCUGGAGCCACCCAUGUCAGUCAGUGGCCCGAUGAGGGAUGACCAGGUCAUGGAAAUGCUGAGGCUGCAGACGCAGAUUUCUUGCCUGGUCAAUCAGCUCCGAAACAUUACCAUCCGCGUGUCUGGACUGACGCCGGCUGCGGGGUCACCGAUUGGCGAGCAAAUGACUGGCGGUGCGCAGGCCGCUAGGAGUGUAUUUGGAGGCUUUGACGCCAAUUCAGAGCCCCGUACUUCAGACCAGUUCCACGGAGAGCCCUCAACACCGCAGCAGCCGUCGCAGGAUGAGUCCAGGGCGGACUCGCACGGCAAGGAAUCGCCACAGCCCGACGAAGUUCACAUGAAGUCUCACGGCGAGGCAGCCAAGGGCAUCUCAGUGUCGCGCGACCUGAUCAACCACCUGACCUCCGUCUACUUCCAAUACUGCCAUGCAUCCGAAACCGGCAUGUACCCGCAGGAGCUCUACCGCGAUCGCUUGCAGCGGGCCCAAGUGAGCGAGCCAUUUCUUCUUUCCGUCCUGGCUGUUGCCAGCCGCUUUUCCGACGAUCCCCGUGUGCAGCGCGAGCCAGCCUACCUCGCCGGCUACGACUUUUACGAGCGCGUUACGCGGCAUCUCAUGAUGGACGUUCUGGAGCGCGACUGCAUCGAGAAUAUGCUCACUCUGAACAACCUCGCUGUCUAUGCUGUCGGGCUGCCCGUGGCCAAUCGGGGGUGGUAUUUUUCUGGGUUGGCCAUGCGCAUGGCCACCCAGAUGUCCCUGCAGAAGGUCGAUGCACCCGGGAGGAUGCCUGGGGCAUCUAUGAUGAGCGGGCCCGGAAUCGAGUCAGCGCGGAGAGCCUUUUGGACCACGCUGCUGUUGGAAGCCUUGGCGAGCUUUGCCAGCGGCGAGCCACCGCCAAUCACUAUCCAGGAUAUCCAUGUAGCCGAGCCUUUCGACGAUACGUCGUCUCUGGGCGACAGUUCCAGGGGAUUCUGCGCGUCUGCAGAAAGCGCCAACGCAGCUGGCGCUCCUGAAUCAGACGAUGUCAGCAUGCACGACCAAUCAUCGUCGCCUAUGACCGGGCCUUCAGGUUGUCGCACGCGCAGUGGCACCAACCAGAGCGGUGGCAGUGGAGGCAACGGACGGCCAAGCGUGUGCGCCUACAUCACGCAGCUGGCGAUGCUGCUGAUUCGUGUGGCGCGCCUGAAUGGUAACCGGCAUCCGGAGUCUGCGCAAUUUAGUCCCGAGUACGCGGCCUUGCAUUCCGAGAUGGUCGCAUGGUACCACGGCCUACCCGAUAACAUGCAGAUCAAGCCGACCAUAGCCAAGGAAGAAAUCCAACGCGAGCCAAAGUUGUUUGCGGCCAAAAUGUUUGUCCAUUGCCAUUAUCAUGCUGCCAUCAUUGCCUUGCACCAACCGCGCGUGGACUUGGUCCGCGUCGAUGCAUCUCGCGGUGGUGAAAGCGGAAAUCGGUUUUCUGGACGGCAGUCUAAGAGUCCCGACGAACAGUGGAGGCAGCUGGCGCAACAGCAAUGUUUGACUGCUGCGUGCACAAUGACAGAGCUACUGACCUUGGCGAGGAACCUCGACGUGCGCUACCAUAUUGUUACUUUGGAUUUGCCGUAUUUAUGGCCGGCGUCGUUCAUGUUGGCGCUGUCAACUACACUCCCAGGCAGUCGAAUGAGCGCCAGUAUAGCAUAAAUUGUGUCAAGGAGCAUGUCCGUUGCUUGGAUCGGCUGGGUAA